GGCCGAGGAGUUAAGCGCAGCGCCGCCGUCUCCCCUGAGUUCAGGGACUACACGAGAAAUCAGGGCAACGAGAGGAGCGGUUUGUUCUCUGGUCUCCGAGUGUGAAACAGAAAUGCAGGCACAGGGCAGUCCUGGAAUGAAGGGCAAUGCAUGACUCGGGGUGGCAAAAAAAAAAAAAUAAAAUAAUAAAUCCGGCAGCAGCAGCAAUGAUGUGAUGAAAGGGCUGGUGAAGUUUAUUCUAUCCUUGGCAGUGGUAUUCUCAGUCUCCUGCCUUUUGCUGCAACCUUGGCUAGUGGCUUGUGUGCAACAGUCAGUCCGACUGGGAAGGAGGAGAGCAGAGCGAAAGACAUUCAUUUAAUAUGAAUUCUGUAUCUGGGAGCAAAGAGCGGGCUGUUUUUGCAAGGAAUCGCAAACAUGUGGGGACGGCGGAGAGUUAUUCAACUACGAAACUGGCAACUUUCACCCCCGAGAUGUGGUACAGGAAGAGCUUUCAGAUGUGCGAGGACUCCCGGACUGCCAACCGACCCGCCCCCGAGGGAGCUGGCUCCGUCCCCGGCUCGGGCACCGCGUCCCCGGGCUCCAGCAGCGGCUCGCCGGGCACCGGCUCGCCGGGCUCGGCGGCCGGCUCGUCGCCCGGCUCGUCGGGCACCGGCUCGCCGGGUUCCUCGGGCACCGGCUCGCCCGGCUCCUGCGGCUCCGAGGAUAAAGGGAUUUGGUGCGAGAAUUGCAACACCAGGCUGGUGGAGCUGAAGAGGCAGGCGCUCAAGAUGAUGAUCCCGGGCGCCUUCUCCAGUAAGGACCCGGCUUUCUCUGCUCUGAUCCACGACAAACUGCAGGUGCCCAACACUACCCGCAAAGCCUGGAAUGAACGCGACAACAGGUGUGAUAUCUGUGCAACCCACCUCAACCAGCUGAAGCAGGAGGCUAUCCAGAUGGUGCAGACACUGGAGCAAGCAGCCACCUUGGAGCAGUACGACCCAUUACCAGGCUCGCCUCCGCCCCUCUCUAACAUCCCCUCGCUGGUGGGCUCGCGCAACAUUGGCAGCCUACAGGCAACCCGGGACUGGGCCUUCGUCCCAGCAGCCUAUGCUGCUACCACCACAUAUGCUGGCUUCCUGACCAACAAGCAUGCGGGCAAGCCCAACUCGUUGGGCAUCGUCAGUGGCGCAGAGAAGAAGGGGGCCCCCUCUGGGCAUCCAGUCACCAAGGCCGGGCUGCAGAUGGCCACCAGCCCUAGCAAUGGCAACAUCCUGAGCUCAGUUGCCAUCCAGGCCCACCAGUACCUGGAAGGAACAUGGUCUGUGUCCAGGACGAAUGGCGUGACGCUCUAUCCAUACCCAAUAUCCCAGCUGAUGUCCGAGAGCUGCCGGGAAGGGUUGACCGAGGCUGUCCUGAACCGUUAUAACUCCGACAAGCCGUCAGUGUACAGCUUUCCGAGCUCCCAGGGCACUUAUGUGUCCAGCGUGGCCUCGAGUGGGACUUCAGCCGCGGCCUCAUUCUUUGCAAGAGCUGCCCAGAAACUCAACCUGUCCUCCAAGAAGAAGAAACAUCAUCGGUCUCCUACUCCGAACGUAUCCGAGUCCCCGCCCUUCCCGACCAACUUCAGCGGCAUUCUGCAGAUGUCCCCGCCCCCAGCACCACCAUGUCUGCUCAGGGCCAUCAACAAGGUGAAGGACAACCCAGGGAUGGGAAAGGUGAAGGUCAUGCUGCGAAUCUGCUCAGCCUCGGUUGGGGACACGUCUGAAUCCAGCUGCUUCUUCAAAGUCGACCCUCGCAAAAAGCAGAUCACGCUGUACGACCCACCGGUGAACGGACUCCAGAAUUCCUCGCAGAAGAGAGGGGGCCUGGUGCCACCAAAGAUGUUUGCUUUUGAUGCUGUCUUCCCGCAGGACUCUUCGCAGGCUGAAGUAUGUGCAGGAACAGUCGCGGAAGUCAUCCAGUCCGUGGUGAAUGGCGCAGAUGGCUGCGUGUUCUGUUUCGGGCACACCAAGCUAGGAAAGUCGUAUACCAUGAUUGGGAAAGACGACUCCAUGCAGAAUCUUGGGAUCAUCCCUUGUGCCAUCUCAUGGCUUUUCAAACUGAUUAACGAGAGGAAAGAAAAGACAGGAGCCCGGUUUUCAGUCAGGGUCUCGGCAGUGGAAGUAUGGGGGAAGGAGGAAAACCUGAAGGAUCUGCUGUCCGAGGUAGCAACAGGCAGCCUGCAGGACGGCCAGUCCCCUGGAGUCUACCUCUGCGAGGACCCAAUCUGCGGCAUGCAGCUCCAGAACCAGAGUGAGCUCCGUGCGCCUACGGCAGAGAAAGCUGCCUUCUUCUUGGACGCCGCCAUUGCCUCACGCCGGAGCAGCAGGCCUGAGUGUGAUGAGGAGGAUCAGCGGAACUCCCACAUGCUAUUCACUCUGCACAUCUACCAGUACCGCAUGGAGAAGAGCGGCAAGGGGGGAAUGUCAGGAGGUCGCAGCCGCUUACACCUCAUUGACCUGGGCAGCUGUGUAAAAGUGCUGAGCAAAAGUCGUGAGGGGGGCUCUGGACUCUGCCUAUCCCUGUCUGCACUGGGAAAUGUCAUCCUGGCUCUGGUCAAUGGCACCAAGCACAUUCCCUACAAGGAGAGCAAGCUCACCAUGCUGCUACGGGAGUCUCUGGGCAACCUGAACUGCCGGACCACCAUGAUCGCCCACAUCUCAGCCUCCUCCAGCCACUACUCCGAAACCCUGUCCACCAUCCAGAUCGCGUCCAGGGUCCUCCGAAUGAAGAAGAAAAAGACAAAGUAUACCUCCAGCUCAUCCGGGGGUGAGAGUUCCUGUGAAGAAGGAAGAAUGCGUCGGCCCACCCAGCUCCGGCCGUUCCACCCGCGGGGAGCAGCUGACCCGGACCUCCCCAUUCUAAACCUGUCGAGCGACCCAGACUACUCGUCCAGCAGCGAGCAGUCCUGCGACACCGUGAUCUACGUGGGGCCCAAUGGCACCGCCCUCUCGGACAAGGAGCUGACCGACAACGAGGGCCCGCCCGACUUUGUGCCCAUAAUCCCCUCGCUGCAGAAGAACAAGAACGAGGUGAGGCCGGAAGGAGCCGCCGAGCCCGUGGCCGUCCUCCCAGAGAAGGACUGCCUCAAGUGCAACACUUUUGCCGAGCUGCAAGAGAGGCUUGAGUGUAUCGACGGCAGCGAGGAGCCCAACAAGUUCCCCUUCGAGGAGGUCCCUGCGGCGCCUCGCAGCGACCCACCGCUGAAAGGCGAGGAGGCUCAAGCCCCGAGGGGGGAGGCCCAUCAGCCUGGUGGCCUGACCUCUGCCCUCUGGGCUGCCGAGGAGGACUCAGAGGAUACACACCCAGCCCUCAGCAGAGCCGAGGCUGCUCCGUCCCCUGUCCCGCUUGGCGGCCACGGCAGCGGCUCCGCGCCAUCCUCCCCCAGGAGCGUCAUGGGGAGCAGCACCACCCAACUAAACUCGUCAAGGGCACAGGGCGCCAAAGAUGCCCCGCACGGCAGUGGCAGUGCAGAGGCUAAGCCGAGGCCUAUGGGCUCACCAAGGCUCGGGAUCGCCAGCCUUUCCAAGACUUCAGACUAUAAGCCGCAACAUUCCCCCUCACAGCGCUGCAAAGUCUACACCCAGAAGGGGUCCUUGCCCAGCCCAGCUCCUCCCCCACCGCAGGCACUGACCAAGGACUGCGAGAAGACCUGUCACGAGCUCUUGGAACAGACUGAAAUCAGGACGGCGCCGGUGGGAAUGAGCCCUCAAAUAAUGAAGAGAUCUGUAUCAUCCAGCACCGAGUGUUCGCAGGACUCCAUGUUCUCAGACCAAGAGCAGGACCCGGUGGACGACUCGAAGAACGAAAUGAUGACCAGGGCCACGGUCACUCUGCAGAAGCCGUUGGAGCUGAAUGGAGAGGACGAGCUGGUUUUCACUCUGGUGGAGGAGUUGACCAUCAGUGGAAUCCUGGAGAACGGGCGGCCCACCAGCAUCAUCAGUUUCAAUAGCGACUGCUCGGUACAGGCCCUGGCCUCGGGCUCCAGGCCUGUCAGCAUCAUCAGCAGCAUCAACGAGGACCUGGACUGCUACUCGAACGCUGCUCCCUUCUCCGAAGUGAGCAUCGCCAAGUUCCUGCCCUUUCCCAAGCCGGGCCUGGAUGAGAAAGUCUUGGUCUCCAGUAGCAGACGCUCCUCCAUCAGCUCCUGGCUCAGUGAGAUGAGCGACGGAGAGCAGUCGUGCCACAGUUUCGUCACUCAGGCCUGCGGUGGGAAUGGCGAGGCAUUGGCGGACUCCUCCAUGCUGGACGUGGCGAGCAACCUCCCGGAGGAGUGCGUGGCCUAUGCGCGGAGCGGCAAGUACUCCGUGAUGGACAAGUUCUUCGGCAUGCCCGAGAAAGCCAACGAGGCCAAAAACCUGUACCAAGCGGCACCCAACAAGAACUGCAAAAUCGCCGCCUUGGGGAAAACCACAGUCAGGAUAUCGAACGCGUCGAGUCUGACCGGCGGUGAGGGCUGCUUCCCCAUUAAGACCAACAUUUCGGUGCACCCCUGUAUCAGGCUAAAGCCAAUCCAUUUCUCCGAUCAGGUCGACGUGCUGUCGGCUGUCAGUUAUUCUCCGGCCCACUCCCACAACGGCGACGCCAAGCCGGCCGGCGCCUCCGGCCCGAACGAGAUGAAAUUUGACGACCCGUGGCUGAAGCGGGAAGAGGGGGACGAAGAGGAGGAGGCGGACGCCAGCCUGGACGGGAGCGACAGAGCCGAGCGAGGGGAGCGACCCGCCUUUGGGCGCAACCGGGACCGAAGCUCGGCCGACAGCCUCAGCAGCUGCGGGACCCCCUGCUCCCCGGUCCAGGCCGACCACGCCAAGCGGGUGGUGGACGGCUGCGAGGUGGCGCUGACCGCCUCCGCCAGCCAGAGCUCCAUCUUCUCGCCGGACGGCGCCAAGGCGGGCGGCCUACCCCGGACCCUGCAGCACCCGCCGCCCGGCAAGCAGGACGACCCCGACGGCCUCUCGCUGCGGUCCCUGUGCCUGGCCACGGAGAGCGGGAGCGCCUCCGCCGCAACGUCGCAGGCCUCCACCCCCGGCAGCCCCAAAGCCACCCUGGAGAGGAGGCUCGGCUCCCCCAAACACGGCAUGCUCCCCAGGCCCAAAGGAAUGCCCCCGCUGCCUCCGGUUAGGAAGUCGAGCCUGGACCAGAGGAACAGAGCCAGCCCCCAGCACACGUCUUGCGGCAGUGCUUCAGGCCAAGCCAUGUCGUCGCUGGCGAGCACACCAGACGAAGGAAGCGCCUACGUCAAAGCCAAGACCCCGAAUCUGGACAACAGCAGCAAAGCGAGUAGUGGAAAAAAUGAACCGUUCAGCAGCCGGCCGAACUCCCUGAACAGGAGGUACGCGGGGCAGUACGAGUGUUUAUCUUUGGAAAGGGCCGGGAGCUUGACCUCUGUAGGGUCAAAGGUCAAUGCCUCCCGAGAUAGUACAAUGCCCAGAGCCGGCAGGAGCCUGAAUCGAGCCACCGUGUCCUCACCCACCCACCCGGGCUUUCCACCAUCGCUGGGCACCUCCCCGAAGGCCAGCUCCUCCAAGAUGUCUGCCGUCAGUAAGCUGCUCUUGGCCAGCCCCAAGUCGCGGAGCCUGUCAGCUUCCAGCACAAAGACGCUGAGCUUCUCCACCAAGUCGCUGCCCCAGUCUGUCGGCCGCAGCUCCAGCAUGCCGUCCAACUCCAAGAACAUGUCCUGGUCGACCCAGUCGCUCAGCAGCAAGCAGAGCAGAGGCUCCAGCAUCGUGGCCAAGCUGCCUCUGCGCGCUGUCAACGGGCGCAUCUCGGAGCUGCUCCAGGGGAGCACGGGCAUGAGGGCCGGCCAGCUGCGGGGGAGCGCCGAGUCGGACGAGUGGGGCGCGCACGCCGGAGAGAAGUCCCCCCCUCAGGCCCUCCCGUCGCCCUACAGCAAGGUCACCCCGCCCCGCAAGCCACACCGGUGCAGCAGCGGCCACGGCAGUGACAACAGCAGCGUGCUGAGUGGCGAGCUCCCACCGGCUAUGGGGAAAACCGCCCUGUUUUACCACAGCGGAGGCAGCAGCGGCUACGAGAGCAUGAUGAGGGACAGCGAAGCGACGGGAAGCGGAUCCUCAGCACAGGACUCCAUGAGCGAAAACGGAAAUUCAGUGACGGGCAGGUCCAGGAGUCUGAAAUCCCCUAAGAGAAGAAUGAACGCAGGUUCCCAGAGGCGGCGUGUCCUCCCCAGCCUGUCCCCUGAUGCAGCAUCUCCAGCCCGAAAACCGGUCAACAGCUCUGGGGUCCGCUGGGUUGACCUUCGACCUGUGCAGAGGGGGAUGGCCGAACCGUUUGAGAUCAAGGUCUAUGAGAUAGAUGACGUGGAACGGCUGCAGAGGAGACGGGCGGCAGACAACAGGUUGCGGGGAUUUGUGUGUUUCAACGCCAAACUGAAGAUAUUGGAGCAUCGACAGCAGAGGAUUUCAGAGGUCAAAACCAAAUAUGACAUACUGAAGAAGGAGCUGGAGGUCACCAAACAGCGACUGAUGCUGGAUCCAAGUAAAUGGAUCAGUGAGUUUGACCUGGAUCAAGGUUUCGAGGUGGACUCGCUGGAAUACCUGGAGGCUCUGGAGUGUGUCACUGAGCGGCUGGAGCACCGGGUCAACUUCUGCAAAGCCCACCUCAUGAUGAUCACCUGCUUCGACAUCGCCUGUGGGAGGCGUUAAAGGGGCCGCGUGGGCGAGCGCACGGCGCAGGAGAAGAAGACACACGAAGAAAAAAAGGACAUCCAAAGAUACCAGGAAGACGAGGACGGAAGCGCAAAGUGUGCAGCACGUACGCGAAAAGAGAUUUUUUUUCUUUCAACGGCAGAAUGUAUACGAGAGAGAGAGAGAGACGGAGAAGAAUGAGUGGAGGGGAUGAAUAUUGGAGCGUGAGAAUGUUCAUUCCUUCAUCAGAUUGUCAAAGCACUUUGAGGAACUUUUGUUGUGUUGUAAAUAUGAAUUGCUUGCUCCAGCUCUCCUUUAU